GAAAGCUUGUCUGACCUGACAAAGUCUCUCGAAUGAUACUUACCUGAGCCACGCCUAUCUUUUCUCCUCUGUCUUCUUAUCCUAACUCUUCAUUCAGGCUUACAGAUGCGGAUGUGACACCUUACACAGUGUACAAAAUACUAUAGUUGAGAGAUGACAUCACUCGUCUCAACGCCUAGUCAGCGGGCUUUCGCUGGAAAGCGGAACAAAAUGACGGCGGCAGAUGUACGGAAACAUGUGAUGACGGGCAGCUUGAUGAUGUUACAUCCGGCUUCAUUCGACAUGACAUUACCUGAUGGUUCCACCCAACAAACGCUGAGCCUUCUCGAUGUUGUGGAUCCAUGCGACAUUGAGGAAGCGCUUGCUCAACGCCGAACAUCCGCACUAUACGACAUUUCUUCGACAACUGCCAGUCCAAGAAAAGUUAGUGAGUUUCCCGCGGAUGAUGUUGAGGUACGAAUUGUUCCUCGAGAAUGGCCUACAGUGGAUCCACCUGUGCCGACAGAAACGAAAGAUCUGAAAAUUGAGCCAUUUAUACGGGACAUUAUCGCAUCUUUUACGGAUCAAUUCUCGCUGGUGCAAAGACGGUACCAACAGUAUGGCUCUGCUGAUGCUUAUGUUCGUAUGUUGAUUGAAAGACCCAUCAUCGUCCGUUCCACUACACGUCCGACAUUCGAAGCCGACGCUGGCAGAGCGGAGAGAGUAGCUAGAAGCGUUAGCGUAGUUGGUGAUCAGGAAUCGAAGCGACAAUCAUACGCCUCCACAGCGUCAUCCGGUACGAUGGGAUCAGGUGAAGGAGACUCGCGUGAAUCGCGACUACAUCAAAGCCAGCCGGAUCCGACCAUUCCUGGAGUAAUUCAGCGCUCAAGUUUUACCCAACUUGAUCAACUCAGUGAUGCUCGACGUCAGGCUGGUCGUCAUACAAGUCUGGUCAACUUGCUGCCGUUGCAACCGGAGUCUGCUGUGAUCGAGAAGCGAAGUGCUCCACCAUACCCAGAAGAACGGGUAGGACAAAAGCUUAUUGUGAAGGUUGCAAAGCUCACACUCGAUCCCUACUUCGAACCGGUUUUCGGCUCAAUAGCCAUUUAUGACGCUAAGGCGCGGCGGAAAGUUAGUGAAAAUUUCUACUUCGAUGUCAACCCGGAUGAAGUACGGCGUCUACUUGAUAGGAAGCAUCCUCAAGACGAACCGUCUCAGAGAUGCAGCCAAGCAGCAUUUAGCCUCUCAUGCCCUCUCAGCGACUUGUUCAUGGUGGUAAAGCUUGAAAAAGUUUUGCAAGCCUGUGAGAUAGGGGAUGCAUCGGAACCUUAUGUCGGUUGUGCAGCAAAAGAUGAUCGGACUAGGGAAAAGCUUUCCGCUGCGGCCUCUGAUUACUGCGAACGUUUAGGGUCUUUUCGUAUGCCACUAGGAUUUAUGGUAGUAGAUCUCCAAAAGGUCCUCAUGGGUGCGAAUUCGCUAGAGCGGUCAGAAAUGACUAUGUCUACUGUGACGGCAGCGUCUUCUAUUACGGUCACAGGCGAGACUCCUGCACCUCCGACCAGCGUUUCUGGAGAAACGGACAGCAUCGUUAGCGCAGAUCGCGUUUCGAACACCUCUACAUCGACAUUUCGAAGAAUGGGGAGCGGAACCUCUGCAGCUGCGGUGCUGAAUCGAGUGCGAACACCUCUUCAGCGGCGGAAGUUUCUUGGAGGAAGUACUGCAGGAAGCGAAGACUCGGUUACGCCUGAUGCAUCUUCACUGGGGAAGUCCAUAGAACUCAGUCUGGCUAACCUGCAGCCGGUUACGCUCAAUCUGAAUUCCUUCUACAAGCAGGAGGCUGACCGUUUGAGCGACGAUGAUCUGUUCAAACUCUUGGCUGAUGCUAGGAAACCUGGUGGGAAGCUUGGCAGGUUGAAGACGUUCGCAGCCGAACUUUCGCUGCAGCUUUCAGGAGGCACUGGAGAAGAGCUGCUGAUGCGACUGAGCCCGGAAAUGUUGCGUGUGGCCCCGUUUUCUGGAGGUGAACUGACCAAGGACAUACAAGAGUUUCCUGCCAAAGGCCUCUACAUGGCGAAUACUAGUUAUCGGAACCUCUUAUACAUCUAUCCGAAGUCGGCGAACCUCAGCAAUCGGCCUGGCACAGCACGAAACAUAUCUAUCAAGGUAGAGCUAAUGAACAGUCAGGAACACGCACUGCCUCUCAUGUUUUCCCGUGGCCCAGGAUGUGAAAUGGUAUCUCAGAUAAGGACUUCUGUAGUGUAUCAUAACAAGACACCUCACAUUGCUGAUGAAAUCAAGCUUCGUAUCCCUGUAGAUUUGGAUGAUGGCCAUCAUUUAUUAUUUAGUUUCUAUCAUAUUUCGUGCAAACCGAACAACAAGGAUGAAGAAGUGGAGUAUCCCAUAGGAUACAGUUGGCUACCUCUUUUUCGUGAUGGUCGGUUAUCAACCGGUGAUUUCCACUUGCCCAUUUGCCUCGAUCGUCUUCCAUCUAGCUACGGUUACCUCUCCCCAGAUGUUGCCCUACCGAAUGUGCGGUGGUUGGAUGCGCAUAAGCCGACGUUUAACCUUUCUAUCGUAGCCAUCAGUACUGUGCAUCCACAGGAUGAGCAUCUGGAGAAGUUUUUCAUUGGCGUGAACUCACUGAGCUCUACUGAUAGAAAGAAACCGCCAGUCAGCGAAAGUGCAUUGAUAACAGCUGCACAGGGUGUCACGAAAGCCAGACCUGAGCCCAUGGUAGCGUAUCUAUACAACGUGCUGGACAAGCUCAUUGCUCUCAUCGCUAAUCGUCCAUACACAGAAGCUCUUUCAUCUGCUUGCUUCGAAACGAUGGGACAGUUGGUGAAGAUCUGCACUAUGUUACUUGACUCAUGUCUAGACAUACAUGGUCGAAGCGCCCUGCUCAGCUCUUACAUCCACUAUUUCAAAAUCGCCAUGAAAGAAUCAAAAGCUAGAUCACAAUUGUGCAAAGAACUGGCAGCGGAACGGAACAAGCCAGGCUCACCCGAAACGCAAAAGCUUUUUACCAUCAUAGAAGACAUGGAAAAGCUUAGCUCACAACAUCAGCGAGUUCCUUGUGAAGCUGUUCCAAGUACGUCUAAUAAAGCAGUGCAUGAGGAAUUGGCUGAGCUUUGGGUUCGGAGUGGUGGCUGUGCUAGAGAAAUGGCAUUUCUUAACGCUUGGUUCUUUCUGGAAUUGAUGAUAAAGUCCAUGGCUGAGUAUCUAUCAAUGACGGGAAGGCUGUAUCUAACGAGGAGAUCGAGGUUUAGCGAACGCUUUAUCAAAGCUCUGGACUCGCUUUCAGCAGCGACCAUCAGUGAAGUUGUAACUCGGCUUAUAAAGGACCCGAGACAAGCGACUUCAAUAGCGAACAGCUGGGCAUUUUUUGUGAGAGAUGCGUUUUCUCUCAUGGAUCGCAGCUACGUGAUGGGACUUGUUCGAGAUUUUAACAGGGACAUAUCGUCUAAAAUUAGCUGCGUGAGUGAGCCGGCUGCGACAACAUUAAUGCUGCUGAAAUUAGACUUCAUUCGGAUUGUUAGCUCUCACGAACAUUUUGUCAUUCUCAACCUGCCGUUCGGGCCGCCACUCAGCAUUCCAACAUCGUCUUCGUCGUCAUCGCUAGGAAUGUCAAUCGGUAGCACGACAACUCCACUUGCUCCUAGCCCAGAAUGCGUGAGCAUCACGAGCAGGUCGACUACGACUACCAUCGACUCUUGGGGAUCUUUGGGAUCGGGAGAGUUGACGUACGAUUUCCGAAGAUGUCAUUACCUCGUUGGCUUAGCUUUAGCUGAUCUUGCCUCUGUUCUUGAUUCGUCAAACAGUCAUGUUUUACAUUCUCGAGCCAUUAGCGUUAUUCAUAAUCUUUUAUCUGCUCACGAAGCUGACAGUCGUCUAACAGAUCCGGGUAUUAGAUCUCGUGUUGCAUCGCUCUACUUGCCACUAGUCACUAUUGUUUUGGAUGUAGCAGAGCAGAUUCAUGAUCCUUUUGUAAAUACUACCACUGUUGGAAACAGUUUUCCCUCUGAUGAUCCUCUUGGCUCGUCCACUUCGCCUGGUGUAAAUCCAAAAGUUGCAUUGGCAAUAGCAGGCAUUGGUUCGGCAAUAUCACCCCCUCGUACACCUACUGGAACCCGAAAAAACAAACCAUCGGAUCCAUCGAAAGUUACGCUCAAUCUGGAGUUGUCGCGGCAGCUUCUGGCGUGUUUUUGUUGGGUAUUGAAGAAUGUGGAUGGUGCUGCGUUACGACAUUGGGUGCGAGAAUUACCACCAACCCGAUUGACCCAGUUGCUGAAUGUGCUCCAGCUUUGUGUCUCUUGUUUUGAAUACAAAGGAGGAAAACCGGGCGAAGUUGUCACGAACGGUGUUGAUCCUGACGAAACGCUAACGGAUUGUGUGGUAACACGUCGCGACGGUGUCAGGUGGCGCGUAGGACCGCCUUCAUCUGGUGAAUCGGACUCGAGGAGGACCAGUUCUCUUUUAUUCGAAGAUGAAGCUCUUCUGGAAGCUGCACUUUGCACAGAAGUAGUGCUCUGCGUGUUAGAUACUCUAGAAACGAUAAUACGAGUAAUUUCCAUGCCUGGCAGCGAUCAUUUGCACUUUGCCCUUCCGAUGGUGCUGAGAGUCAUGAUGCACAUGUUUGCAUGCAAUCAAUCCGUCCAAGCGCUCGAGUGUAUCUUCGUAAGUCAGCGAACGCUAGUGAAGAAAUUUUCUGAUGUAAUUUUUGAACAGGAAGCCGAGCAAUGUGGGGAGCUUUGUUUGCAACUGUUGCGACACUGUGCGUCGAGGCUACCGGCUGUGCGAUCUCAGGCAGCGGCUAGCUUGUACCUCUUGAUGAGAGAAAGCUUCGAAAAUGGAAGUAGCUUGGCCAGGGUGAAGAUGCAGAUCACAAUGUCGCUGUCAACAUUGGUCUCCAAUGCGACGAGGGAAGGUGUUUGGCUGAACGAAGAUUGCCUGAGAAGGAGUCUCAAGACUGUGCUCAUCUACUCAGAGACAGACGCCAGUACAGACUCUCAUACAAGAGCAAAUUCAAAUUUCUCAGAGCAGGUGAAAGAUCUCGUCCUCAACAUCCACAUGAUACUAUCCGAUACGGUAAAACUUAAGGAGUUUGCGAACGAUUUCGAGAUGACCAUAGACUUAAUGUAUCGUGUGGCCAAGGGAUACCAGACAAAUCCUGAUUUACGGUUGACUUGGUUGCUGAACAUGGCUUCUCGUCAUGCAGAUCGCGAAUUGUACUGCGAGGCUGGAGAAUGUGUUUUACACGCCGCAGCUCUAGCUGCCGAAUACAUCGCUAUGAGCACGACUGAUAGCUUUAUGCCUCGUGGAGCAGUCGAUUUCGAGCGCAUCAGUGACAACAUACUUGAAGAAAGCGCUGUUAGUGAUGAUGUCCUCAGUCCCGAUGUUGAAGGUAUCUGCGAAUCUCGCCACUUCACUGCUGCUGGGCUAGUGAAUCUUGUAGAGAAAUCUAUGGCAUUCUUCGAAAAAGCUCAUAUGUAUGAGAUCAUGCCCGAUGUGUUUCGGAUAGUGGAACCUAUUGUACGUGAGUGGCGCGAUUAUCGUCGGCUGGGAGCAAUCUACGCUCGACUCAGCGAGGCGCUUGGUCGGAUCGAGCCCACAGUUUGCAUCACGGAAGAUGCGGCGGAUGUUUGGCCAUCACCGUUAGCAAGUGCUGACAAGCGAUGCUUUGGUACAUACUUUCGUGUCGGAUUCUAUGGCGUUAGAUUUGGUGAUUUAGAUGGGGAAGAGUAUGUUUAUAAGGAGGGCCCUUUCACAAAGCUUUCUGAGAUCAGCCACCGCCUCGAAUCGUUUUAUACGGAAAGGUUUGGCAAGGAUGUGGUGGAGGUGAUCAAGGACUCCAACAAUGUUGUGAGAAGUUCGCUGCAAUCAACGAAGGCCUACCUUCAAAUCACCUAUGUUGAACCAUAUUUUGACAAGUGGGAGAGGAGAAGGCGACUAACGCAUUUUGAACGCAGCCACAAAAUCAAGAGAUUUGUGUACGCAACUCCUUUCACACGUGACGGAAAAGCACAUGGUGAUCUGAAAGACCAAUACAAGCGGCGAACUAUACUGACCACGCAGCAUAGUUUUCCCUACGUGAAAACGCGGAUCAAAGUUGUAGAUCGUGAGCAGAAAGUACUGCAGCCAAUUCAAGUGGCUAUCGAUGACAUCGAAAAGAAGACACGAGAGCUAGCUGCUGCUAUCGCUCAGAAUCCGCCGGAUGCGAAAAUGUUGCAGAUGGUCUUGCAAGGCUGCAUAGGAACAACAGUAAAUCAGGGACCUAUCCAGGUGGCCAAUGUGUUCCUUACCGAUGUUGCCCUGAAUGAGUUCGGAAAGCCGGUUGAUAAGCUGCAGAACAAACUAAGGCUUUGUUUCCGCGACUUCUCUAAGAAAUGUGCCGAUGCGCUCACCCUCAAUAAGAAUCUCAUCAUGCCGGAUCAGCUUGCUUAUCAGUCUGAACUGCAAAAGAACUAUGUGGACUUUACCCGUCGCAUGGCUCCAAUCAUCGGAUGCACCAACGGUAAUGGCAAUAGCCGUCACGAACGGAAAGAGCUCACCACCCAUGCUGAACAUGCUGUUGCUGUGGCGGCCGAGCUCGGUCCAGUAACCUCCGUGUAGCUCGGAAUGAUGUAGUCCCUCUCUUCCCCCCUCCCCACCUUUCUCUCCAUGCCACAUAUUGUUUUCAUCUUGUUGAUGAUAGUCGUAAGUAUUUUCUGUUCAUCAAAAUUCUUUCCAUUCGCCUGUCACUGCUAACCAGUUCUUUCUAUGUGCAAAUUAUCUCUUAUUCCCCAUUUAGAAGUGGGUCAGUCAUUUUUGUAUACUCAGCUGGCUUAUGUUGAUCUAAUAUUGUCAUGACUUACGGUUACUCUAAGAGAAUUCUCAUUGGUUUACCUUAACACUCUAGUUUCUUGCAUAAUUCACAUAGAUGCUAUGGCACUGAUGCUUUGCCACGAGAGAGUAAUCUGGUUAUUGAAUCUUAUGCCUUGUUUAUUGACGGUGUGCGUGUUCCUAGGUAGCUCAAACCUCGUGUACAAUUAGUAGCGCAAGUCGCGGUAUGAAAUGUAGUACUAAUCUAUGUUCCGGUUUAGAGAUUUCCUCUCCUUGUAGCCGGAUAUAUCUCUUCAAAUUUCUGAUGUUGAGAUGUUUGUGAAUCUCUAUUACUUGUAUGCAUAUUGUUAUUGCGCAUAAUUACGCUAAUCAUUCACUGUCAUGAACUUCUAGAGAAAUUAUAGAUUUUGUUGUAAAUUAAUUGUCGUAGGCAAUAUAUAUUUGAAUAGUG